CGUACGCCUUUCUAGUGAUGUCUUACUUUAUGACCAACACGUGCGCGAUUAUUUGAGAUUAAUAUAAAUUUUCGUCGGUCUGAAAAUGCAAAGAAACACAAAGCAUCGCGAGAUAAUUGUCGGCUGAAGAGUAAACCUGGUUACCGAACAGUGUGUGCACGAUUUCCUAGCAAUCAAGUCUCUCACGAGAUUCUGGAAAAUAUAAUGUUCAGCACGGGCAGAACUUAUCUCAGGGAAGUUGCGAGAAGGGCGAAAAAUUUACACCUGGACAGCCGGAAAUCCAGCUCACCGCAACCUAAGCUGAAAACCUUACCAAUUUUUCAGUACCCCAUAAGUAAACCGGAUGACCGAAGGGUGUACGCAUGGGGCCACUCAAGCCACGGCGCCCUCGGGGAGGCGAAGAGAGUAAAAGAGGGGAAAACGACGUAUGUCACAAAACCGAAGCGAAUAUCCUUCGCUGAACAGCACAAGGUAGUGGACAUCGCUUGCGGGUAUGGCUUCACGACUUACGCCGUACGUGCCUCCGACAAGAACAUCGUUUACGGGACUGGGAUAAACACGGAUUCACAAAUUGGUCUCAGUGAGCACAAGAGUAAAGUGUUCGACGUAGUGUUUGCCCCACAGCCGAUAAAGUUGCCGCUGCGUGAUGCCUCAACGAAAGUGUUGGGUAUGGCCGCUGGAAGGGCGCACUUAUUAGUAUUAACGACAGAAGGCUUGUUCACGUUGGGUAACAACGCGUACGGCCAGUGUGGCCGGCCGAUUGUAUUUAACGAGGACUAUAAGAAGAGUGUGAUCGUUCAUCACGUACCUGACAUUAAGGGGAAUAAGAUCACAGCGGUGACAGCUGGUCAAGAUCACAGCGUACUCUUGACAGAGACAGGUGAGGUGUACACGUUCGGCUGGGGCGCCGAUGGGCAAACGGGCCUUGCACAUUAUCGGAACGAGCACCGACCGAGUCUAGUCAAGGGUGAUCUGGCGGGCCAGCGUGUAAUCAAAGUCGCCUGUGUCGCUGAUUGUGUACUAGCUCUCAGUGAUAAAGGUAAAGUUUACGGUUGGGGUAAUUCGGAGUACGGACAAUUGGCGACUGAGGACGACAGUUGCCAAGUGAACAUUGCUACGGAAUUGAAGAUGUGUCAGGAGCUGGAACCUGUGACGGAUAUUGCGGCAGGCGGUUGCUUCUGCAUGGUCUUAAACAAUGCUGGUGACGUGUACGUAUGGGGAUACGGCAUACUCGGUCUUGGACCCAAAGUACAGAAAAUAUUAAAACCAACUGUGAUUCCUCCUGCAUUGUUUGGUAAAAAUGUAUACAAUCAAAAUAUCAAGGUAACGAAUAUAUAUUGCGGGAUUAACCAGUUAGCGGCGCAAACCAACAUGGGAGACUUAUACAUGUGGGGCAGCAAUAAAUUUGGCUGCUUGGGAUUGGGACACACGAACGAUCAAUUUUUCCCUUUGAGGGUCGCGGUGGGAGCGCAAGUGAAGAAGGUUGCCUGUGGGGUGGACCAUACAGUGACUCUCUGUAAGCCUUUCAUUUAAAGGUACAAUAUCUUGUAUCUAUAUUAAAUGUCUAUUUAUACAAA